UCGGGGUCACGUGGGGGUCACGCAGCGCCACCGGCGGCGGAGGGUCCGGGGGUCCCUGCGGCCCGGGGCGGGUCCCGGAUCUUGGGGCGUCCCGAGGGGUCCCGGGCGGUCCCGGAGCUCCGGGGGGGGACCCGGGGGUGGCGGGGACUUGACCCCGGUGGAGCGACCCCCCUCCCAUCCCCGGCGCCCGUUGCUCCGCCGGUGUCCCCGGGGCGCGGCGGGGCGGGGGCGGCCCCGGGGCCGCUGACGGCGGCGGUGACGGAGCGGGGAGCGCGGGGCGGCCCCGGCGCAGCUCCCGGCACCGCCUCCCGCCCGGGGCCGCCCCGCCCGGGCCGCCGGUUCCAGCACCGCGGAGAGCGCGGGCAGCACCGGGGACAGCGCCCGGGCACCGGCAGCGGCAGCGGCACCGCCAGGGCCGCCCCCAUGGCGCUGCUCCGCGUCCUCUGCCUCCUCGCCGCCCUCAGACGCGGGCUGGGCACGGACACGGAGGAGCGGCUGGUGGAGUAUCUGCUGGACCCCGCGCGCUACAACAAGCUGAUCCGCCCGGCCACCAACGGCUCCGAGCUGGUGACGGUGCAGCUCAUGGUGUCCCUGGCGCAGCUCAUCAGCGUGCACGAGCGGGAGCAGAUCAUGACCACCAACGUCUGGCUGACCCAGGAGUGGGAGGAUUAUCGCCUGACCUGGAGGCCGGAGGACUUUGACAACAUGAAGAAGGUCCGGCUGCCCUCCAAGCACAUCUGGCUGCCCGACGUCGUGCUCUACAACAACGCCGACGGGAUGUACGAGGUGUCGUUCUACUCCAACGCCGUCAUCUCGUACGACGGCAGCAUCUUCUGGCUGCCGCCCGCCAUCUACAAGAGCGCCUGCAAGAUCGAGGUGAAGCAUUUCCCCUUCGACCAGCAGAACUGCACCAUGAAGUUCCGCUCCUGGACCUACGACCGCACCGAGAUCGACCUGGUGCUGAAGAGCGAGGUGGCCAGUCUGGACGACUUCACGCCCAGCGGAGAGUGGGACAUCGUGGCGCUGCCGGGCCGGCGCAACGAGAACCCCGAGGAUUCCACCUACGUGGACAUCACCUACGACUUCAUCAUCCGGCGCAAGCCGCUGUUCUACACCAUCAACCUCAUCAUCCCCUGCAUCCUCAUCACCUCCCUGGCCAUCCUGGUCUUCUACCUCCCCUCCGACUGCGGCGAGAAGAUGACCCUGUGCAUCUCCGUCCUCCUCGCCCUCACCGUCUUCCUCCUGCUCAUCUCCAAGAUCGUGCCGCCCACCUCGCUGGACGUGCCGCUGGUGGGCAAGUACCUCAUGUUCACCAUGGUGCUGGUGACCUUCUCCAUCGUCACCAGCGUCUGCGUCCUCAACGUGCACCACCGCUCGCCCACCACGCACACCAUGCCGCCCUGGGUCCGCACGCUCUUCCUCCACAAGCUCCCGGCGCUGCUCUUCAUGAAGCAGCCACGGCAGAACUGCGCCCGCCAGCGCCUGCGCCAGCGCCGGCACACCCAGGACCGCGCCGCCGCCGCCGCCACCGCCGCCACCACCCUGUUCCUGCGGGCCGGCGCCUGCUACGCCAACCCCGGCGCCGCCAAGGCCGAGGGGCUCAACGGGUACCGGGAGCGGCAGGGCCGGGCGCCGGGGGCCGGCGGCUGCGGCUGCGGGCUGGAGGAGGCGGUGGACGGCGUGCGCUUCAUCGCCGACCACAUGCGCAGCGAGGACGACGACCAGAGCGUGAGCGAGGACUGGAAGUACGUGGCCAUGGUCAUCGACCGCCUCUUCCUCUGGAUCUUCGUCUUCGUCUGCGUGUUCGGCACCGUCGGCAUGUUCCUGCAGCCGCUCUUCCAGAACUACGCCACCAACUCCCUGCUCAACCGCGGCCAGGGCACCCCCACCUCCAAAUAACGCCGGGGGGGACAGCGAGGGACCGCGGCACCGCGGCUCUGGCACCGCGCCGGGGGUGGGAGCGCUGGGUGCAGCCACCACCAACUAAUAAAUACUCACAGUGGAGGGGGCUGGUUCA